CUUAUACAUGUAAAUUGUAUGAAUAUAUUUGAUUUUUCUUGGAACACUACAACUGAUUGGAGUUCAUCUACUAUAUAGAGGGUGUUUUCCUUGGAUUUUACUUGAAGCGUCCUCCUACACCCAAGUCUAUAAUCCAUCAGAAAUUUGGUAGUAAAGCUGUGUACCACUGUACCCAGUUUAGGAAAUCCAAGACUGUAGUCAAAAUGAAUGUCUUGGGUUAGGAAUCUCACAGAAGGGUCUUUGUCUCCAAUCUUCUUGUGAAUUAAUCAUUAAAUGUUGAGAAUUGGGGUUCACAAAGCCCCAAACCGAACUGGAACCAAACUUUUUCAAAUCGAACCGAAUUAUGUUAAACCGAAUGGUUUCAUUUUUUCAAAACCGAACAACUCGAACCAAAUACCUAAACGCACACCCCUAAUUUUGGGCUUAGCAAUGUUGUUCAAGCCGAUAUAUUUAAUUUUCCAAUCUUUGAAUUGUAAUUUAUGCACUGCUUGUGCAUUUUCCAAGGGUAUGCCCCGAUGAUUUUGUGUGUGUGUGUGUGUGUUUUUUUUUUUUUUUUUUUUGCAUUAAUAUAUUUACCUUAACCCAAAAAAAAAUAAUUCUAUUCUAUAUAAAUACAUGGGUGGCAAAUUCUGUUCUUUUCCUUUAUAAAACAGAGACUUAAAUUUUUGUAAACUGCAAACGCCAAUUCUUUGAGUGAAGAAUUCAUACCAGAUAGUUAACCAACUGACGUUAUGUCUUCAUUGGCAUCAAUGAAAUCCGCAGUUGAAUCUCUCUGCAAUGCCAAGAGGCUUAGGGAAGCCUUGGCACUCAUCUUCCACAACCCAACCGGAGCAGACUAUUCUCUGUACUCGAAACUUCUUGAUCUUUGUAUCGACCUAAAGGCCAAAAGCCAUGGCCAUUUGAUUCAUGCCCAUUUGAUAAAAAAUGAUUUUCCGUCGAGCAUACACCUGAACAACAAGCUGAUCAUAUUCUAUUCGAAGUUUGGUGAGAUGGAAGUCGCUCACAUGGUGUUCAACAGAAUGCCUGAGCGGAAUUUGGUUUCUUGGACUGCGUUGGUGUCGGGGUAUUCUAAGAAUGGUGACUCAGGAGAAGCUUUGGGGGUGUUUUCUACAAUGCACCGGGAGGGUUUAAAGGGUAAUCAGUUUACUUACGGAAGUGCCUUGAGGGCGUGCACCAAUUUGUUGUGUUUGGAUAGAGGGAGGCAAGUACAAGCGCGUAUCCAGAAGAGUAGAUUUGCUGGGAAUUUGUUUGUGCAGAGUGCAUUGCUUGAUUUCCAUUCAAAGUGUGGGAAAAUGGAGGAUGCUCGUUGUGUUUUUGAUUUGAUGUCGGAGAGGGAUUUCAUAUCAUGGAAUGCAAUGAUUGGUGGAUAUUCUUUUCAGGGGUUUGAUGAUGACGCGUUUCUGAUGUUCCAGUUGAUGCUCAGAGAAGGUAUGCAUCCUGAUUGCUUCACCUUUGGAAGUAUUCUGAGAAACUCAUUUGGAAGUUGUAGGGUUGCUGGACUCACAAAGGUCAACAUAAUACAUGGUUUUAUCAUUCAACUAGGUUAUGAGUCGAAUAAUAUCUUGAGUGGAUCUUUAAUUGAUGCCUAUGUCAAAUGUGGAAAUUUGGCUGGUGCAAAUUGUCUCUAUAGGGAUUUGAAGAUUAAAGACACCAUAGCAUGCACUGCAUUAAUUACGGGGUAUGCUCGUGAAGGUAGAAGCAGUGAUGAUUGGCUGGAACUCUUCACUGAGAUACACCGGAUGCAUAGUGGAAUUGAUAGUGUACUAUUGUGCUCAAUGCUCAAUAUGUGCGCUAAUUCGACAUUGCUGGCUCUAGGAAGGCAGAUGCAUUCUCUUGCAUUGAAAUAUCAAAAUAAUAAUGAUGUAGCAUUAGGAAACUCUUUGAUUGACAUGUACUCAAAAACAGGUGAAAUUGAAGAUGCAAAGAGAACAUUUGAUCACAUGAAAGAGAAGAAUAUAAUUUCAUGGACAUCAAUGAUCUCUGCUUAUGGUAUGCAUGGCCGCGUAGAGGAUGCAAUUUUGCUUUACAAGAAGAUGGAAUCUCAAGGAAUUUAUCCAAAUGAUAUAACGUUCUUGUCUCUCUUCUCUGCUUGUAGCCAUACUGGGUUGACUGUUGAAGGUUGGGAAUGCUUCCGCAAUAUGGUUGGCAAGUAUAAACUGUUGCCGCGGUCAGAACAUUAUGCCUGCAUGGUAGACCUUCUCGCACGUGGAGGUUGUUUGGAAGAAGCCCACAAUUUGAUAUGUAGGGGGGAUAUUAAGCCUGAUGCCUCUCUUUGGGGCUCAAUUCUUGGGGCAUGUAGUAUGUAUGGAAAUACUUCUCUUGGAGAAGUAGCAGCAAAGCACUUAUUUAGUAUGAAACCCCAGGAGUCUGCCAACUAUGCUGUCCUAGCUAACAUAUAUGCAUUGGGAGGUUUAUGGCAGAGGGCAUCUGAUGUACGGGAACUGAUGGUAAAUAGAGGGUUACUGAAAAACCCUGGCUAUAGCUUUAUCCAGUCAAAGAGUAAUAAGAUAGCACUUGCUCCUACUGUUCAAGAAACUGAUCCAAGUGAGUCUUCCUUAAGAAUGUCAGAUCCAGGUGCUUUAAUUUAGCGCCAGUUUAGUUUUCAAAUGGUUUCUGGGUAGGGCAUUGGAGACGCAGAGGCGGCAGAGCUGAUGAUAUAU